AUGCGUUCAAUUCGCCUUUCCAGUGUCCCGAGGACGGCAAGAUUAUGGGUUCAGAGAAGACCCUACUCGGUUCGAGUACCUGGCGAGUGCCAGAAGGACAUCAAAACUGUGGCAGAACUGAAGGCCUGGGGACCAUCAACCCGUGUACCAGAUGUUGAAGUCUCUGGAUGGGUGAGAUCAGUGAGGAAGAGUUCUGGCGUACGCUUCAUCGACAUCACCGAUGGCUCAUCUAUGCGUCCGGUUCAAGUGGUUGUCGAUAAGAGCUUGGCCACAGACAUGCGCCCCGGUGCUGCUGUCCGUCUAAAGGGCACGUGGGUUGAUGAGACUAGAAGAGAAUCCGAAAACAAUGCAGAAUCUUCAGAGGCUCCCAAGACACCUGCCAAUGCCGAGCUUCAAGUCUCAGAGGUGGAGGUUCUGGGCCAUUCUGAUCCUCAAACAUAUCCGAUCCAGAACAAGUAUCAGACACCUGAAAGUCUUCGCACAAUCUCUCACCUUCGGCCACGAACUCCUCUCAACUCCACCAUGCUACGACUGCGCUCUGAUGCCACCGCUCUCCUCACUCAGUUCUUCUUUCAAGAACGCUUCCAGCAGUCACACCCGCCCAUCAUCACCUCCUCUGACUGCGAGGGUGCUGGCGAGGCUUUUGCGGUCAAGGCCUCUUCACCGGGCGAGUUCUUCCGCGACCCCAAAUAUCUAACGGUCUCUUCUCAACUUCAUCUCGAGGCUCUCGCCCAGGCACUCGGCAACGUGUGGACUCUGUCUCCAACGUUCCGUGCUGAGCAGAGUGAUACGUCAAGACAUCUCAGCGAGUUCUAUAUGCUCGAGGCUGAAAUGAGCUUCGUUGAUGAUAUGGAUGAGGUUAUGGACUUGGCACAACGCAUGUUGAACUCUCUUGCGCGUGGACUGAAGGAACUCAACGCUGCCAAGGAACUCGAGCAGAACCGUGUCGACUCCAAAGAUCCAGCCGAACGUCUCGCAUUCAACGAUCUAGUUGACCAGAAACAACUGGAUCGUCGCUGGAGAGGUCUCCUGACCACCAAGAGAUGGCCUCGGGUUACCUACAGUGAGGCAAUUAAAAUCCUAGAGCCCAUAGCCGACCAGUUCGAACACAAGCCGACAUGGGGUGCUGGCCUACAGUCAGAGCACGAAAAGUACCUGGCCGAGAAGAUCGGCUACGACGAGGCUACCGACUCAUCCGUGCCGAUUUUCAUCACCCAGUAUCCGCGCGAGAUCAAGGCAUUUUACAUGCGCCAGUCCGCAUCUUCCCCUGACGCCGGCCUGACGGUCGACUGCUUCGACCUCCUUGUUCCCAGCCUUGGCGAGCUGGCUGGAGGCUCCAUGCGUGAGCAUCGCCUGCCCCAGCUAGAAGAGAACAUGCGUGCUCUGGGUCUCGAGGUUCCUAGCAAGCAGUCUCCCAAAGGAAAGGAGCUGGCCUGGUACCUAGACCUGCGCCGCUGGGGUUGUCCCCCUCACGGCGGCUUCGGUCUUGGAUUCGAUCGACUCCUUAGCUAUCUCACAGGCGUACCCAACGUCCGUGAUGUCGUCGCCUUCCCGCGUCACUAUGAGCGGUGUGACUGCUGA